AUGUUCGCUGUCCCAGGAUGGUCGCUUUCGAGCGAUGCUUUGAAGGUACAGACUCAGCCUGCGAAGCCUCAGAAUGAGUCCGAGAAGAAGGAUACCAAGCCCAAUGCGAAAAAUAACAAGCGCAAGCGCGCCAAUGGCGCUGUCAAUGAAAACAACGUUGAUGAGUUGUACCGUCGCCAUAUCGAAGGUGGCCCUGCCAAAGGUGGAAAGGGUGCGAAUGCUGCGGUGAAGGCAGAGCCGAAGCAAAAGCAGAAGAAGGAAAAGAAGGAGAAACAGACAUCCGAAGCCGCAUCCGAAGCCGCACCCGAGGAGCCUGCUAGCGAAGCCACUGCCCCCAUUGCUGAGGCAGAGCAAGGCGAUGAAAAGGCACCCAAGAAGAAGCAGAAGAGAAACAGAAAGAACAAGGACAAGGAUGCCGAAGCCUCAAAGCAGACCAACGACGCUGCAUCCUCAACCGACGCAGUUCCUACUCCAGCUGCCGCUUCUGCUCCCGCUGCGCCAGCGCCACCACCAGCACCCUCAAACCUGACUCCUCUCCAGCAGGCGAUGCGCCAGAAGCUGAUCUCCUCCCGAUUCCGCCACCUGAACGAAACACUAUACACCACACCGUCGGAGAAAGCACUUGACAUGUUCAAUGCCAACCCAGAGCUCUUCGACGAGUACCACGCCGGAUUCGCAAGACAGGUCAAGGAAUCCUGGCCCUCCAACCCGGUCGACGGCUACAUCAAGACCAUCCGCCACCGUGGUGCCAUCCCCCUGCCCAAACGAGGCAAGCCACUUAAUCCGGAACGGGGAUACCCGCUUCCCCGUCGCCCGAACGGAUCAUGCACAAUCGCUGAUCUGGGCUGCGGUGAUGCGGCUCUGUCGCGUGCCUUGACUCCCUCCGCCAAGAAAUUGAACAUCAAGCUUAACAGCUAUGACCUGCAAGCCCCCGAUGCGCUGAUUACCAAGGCAGAUAUCUCCAACCUCCCUCUGGAGGAUGGCUCCGUGGAUGUGACUAUCUUCUGUCUUAGUCUGAUGGGUACCAACUGGGUCUCAUUUGUCGAAGAGGCAUGGCGUGUUCUGCGUGGUGACGGCAAGGGCGAGUGCUGGGUCAGUGAAGUGAAGAGUCGAUUCGGCAAGGUGGCACGCAAGAAGUCGCAGAUCGGGGCUCAGAGACCCGGCAGCAAGGCUGACAAGAAGAAGCCCAAGAAGAAGGGUGGCAAGGAUGAUGCUGAUUCCGAUGCGGAGGAAGCCGAGAUCUUUGCUGAGGAUGCUCGUCCCUCUGAUAACAAGGAUGAGACUGAUAUCUCUGCCUUUGUGGACGUCUUCCGCUCCCGUGGGUUCAUGCUUCGUCAGGAGUCUGUCGACAAGUCCAAUAAAAUGUUUGUGCGCAUGGUGUUUGUUAAGCAGGGUGGUGCGCCUGCUAAGGGCAAACAUGCCUCUGCUUUGAGUGCACCUGCCGCUCCUGGCAAGAAACGUUUUGUUGACCGCAAGCCCGAGUCUGAGUCUGGUUUGACUGCUGAGCAGGAGGCUCAGGUGUUGAAGCCCUGUGUCUACAAAAUCCGCUAG